UCUCUAUAUUCGUCUCCGGAAUAAAACCCUGUCUUUGUACUGCCCGGAGCUUCACCAACUGCAAAUCGUUGUUCCUUUCUCUCCGGCAUCCCAGGCCUAGGUCUCCUCCGUCUUUUCUCUCUGCGAAUUUAACAAAACUAUGCCCCCUUUCUCUCACUGAGAUUCCCACAAAACGGAAGUUUAGAUUUCUUAUGUAUCAUACAGGCAAGCUCAGGUUUCAACUAAAUUGAGGAUAACAUAUCUUUCAGUCUUUGGUGAACUUCAGCAGCAUUGUUACUGGGGGGAUCUGUCCCAUGUGGCUAAAUCAUGUUAUCAAAAUUUUGAAGUUCUUUAAGACAGUAUUCUGACUUGCACCAAUUCAUAGCAGUUUCCUGUGUAGAAGCCUUUGAAAUCAAAGGAUUCUACUCAUUCUCACAGCGUUGAAAAGGUUGAGUCUAAUAAUGCAGACAGCUUCUCUUCUUCACCCAGUUUUUUGCUUCUCUAACAGGGCAAACAAAGUUGAUGGGUGGAUGAAGAGGAAAACAUCUAAUUUGAGUCCAUUCUUAGGAAGAGUCAGCUUCACUGGAAAAUCUCAGACUUGUAAGUUUCACAUCCCUGUCCAAAGAACCAGGUUGUUUUCAAUUCCUAGUGCAGAUGAUGGCCAUCCAUCUGUCUCAGUGUCUGAAGAAAACUCAGACACAAACCAUGCAUUCAAUCAUGAAGAAGAGUCCUUGUUGAGCAAAUGGUCGCCUCCCAGGUACCUAUGGAGGGGAUUAUCUGUGUUUAUCAUGGCAGGGCAGGUAAUUAUUAGGAUCCUGACGGGCAAAGUCCACUGGGUGAAUACUCUACAACAGCUGGAGAGAGUUGGGCCGAGAUCAGUGGGUGUCUGUAUCUUAACUGCAGCCUUUGUUGGUAUGGCCUUCACCAUACAAUUCGUUAGAGAAUUCACCAGAUUAGGAUUAAACCGAUCUGUUGGUGGGGUAUUAGCUUUAGCCUUCUCAAGGGAGCUGAGUCCAGUUGUGACAUCAAUAGUGGUUGCAGGGCGUAUUGGAAGUGCAUUUGCAGCAGAGUUGGGAACGAUGCAGGUUUCUGAGCAAACCGACACACUAAGAGUUCUAGGCACAAACCCUGUGGACUAUCUUGUCACACCUAGGGUGAUUGCUUCUUGUAUUGCUCUACCAUUUUUGACACUCUUGUGUUUCACAGUAGGGAUGGCAUCAAGUGCACUUCUAGCUGACAGUGUUUAUGGGAUUAGCAUCAACAUCAUACUGGAUUCUGCUCAGAGAGCUCUUAAUUCAUGGGACAUAAUAAGCGCAAUGAUCAAGUCAAUGGCUUUUGGCGGGAUCAUAUCUACUGUAAGCUGUGCAUGGGGAGUAACUACCAUGGGAGGUGCCAAAGGAGUUGGGGAAUCAACUACUUCAGCUGUGGUUAUCUCUCUUGUUGGUAUCUUUAUUGCUGAUUUUGCACUCUCUUAUUGCUUCUUUCAAGGGGCCGGAGAUGCACUGAAGAAUUGUGUAUAAUCUGUCUUUUUCUUUGUUAGCUAUUGAUUUUUCUAUGUUGUCGAUUUUUUUCUUUUUACAAACGGUAUUAACAGAUUAAAGAUAAGAUAACCAAGAUGCGAGCUUUGAUGAACUUUGGCUGUU